UGGUGUCACAGUGAGCUGGAGCAGGGGUUGAGGGGCUUCUUCGAGUGGCUCCAUCAGAAGUGUGUCGUGGGGGCCUGGACCACGUUCCCUGGAGGUGUGACCAGCAUCUUCCUCACCAUCCAGCACACAGUGCCGGGCUGUCCCGGAGGGGAAAUGCAUCCUGAAUGGGGCUGAGCAUCCUCGGGAAUAUGCAUCCUCGGGGCCGUGGGGCCAGCACCAGGGCAGUGGCCAGCGUGCAGCGGCAUGGUGGCAACGUUCAAGAUCGCCGUGCUGGGAGCCCAGGGGGUGGGUAAGAGUGCCAUAGUCCGGCAGUUCCUCUACAACGAGUUCAGCGAGGUCUGCGUCCCCACCACCGCCCGCCGCGUCUACCUGCCCGCCGUCGUCAUGAACGGCCACGUCCACGACCUCCAGAUCAUGGACUUCCCCCCCAUCACAGCUUUCCCCGUCAACACCCUGCAGGAGUGGGCAGACGUGUGCUGCAGGGGGCUCCGGAGUGUCCAUGCCUACAUCCUGGUCUAUGACAUCUGUUGCUUUGACAGCUUCGAGUACAUCAAAACCAUCCGCCAGCAGAUCCUGGAGACAAGGGUCAUUGGCACUUCAGAGACACCCAUCAUCAUCGUGGGCAACAAGCGGGACCUGCAGCGGGGCCGAGUGAUCCCGCGCUGGAACGUCUCCAACCUGGUGAAGAAAACCUGGAAGUGUGGCUACAUCGAGUGCUCGGCCAAGUACAACUGGCACAUCCUCCUGCUCUUCAGUGAGCUCCUCAAGAGCGUGGGCUGUGCCCGCUGCAAACACGUCCAUACCACCAUCCGCUUCCAGGGUGCCCUGCGCAGGAACCGAUGCACCAUCAUGUGAGCCCCCCCUGCCCCCAUGGACACCCUCACCCCUCUUUUACCUCCUUCCGUGGCCACUUGUCUUCGGGGACCACUGGUGUCACCGCUCUCUGCUGUGGUAGGACCCCCAGAGGCACCUCGGGGGUUGCUGCCCUGCUGGCACUGGCAGCCCGUGGUGACGUUUGGGGACAGCGUGCCUUGGGGGGUGCCAGGCAGGUUGGUGUGGUGGUCACCUGAGGAGGUGGGUGACUGGGGGUAGUGAGGGGUAAGGGAGAACCCUGAGCCCUCCCUGAGCCUCUGGCACUCAGAGCCACAGCGGUCCUGGGGGGGGAUUGUGUCUCUGGUGUGCCCAAAACUCCGUGUGGCACGAGGGGGUCAGGAGAUGCCUCUGAUGGUGCCCAGAGGGUGGCUGUCGGGUCCCUCCUUGCCAGUUCAUUGCAGGGGCAAGGUUUGCUGCUGCCUGCUGUCACCUGUCCUUGUAAGAGAAUGACACAGUGCCUGUGACCUGCUGCCAGGGUGGUGGCUCCAUCCCUGGGGCAUGGUGGAGGCUGGAGCCCCAUCUUCCUCCCUGCAGAGCUGGGGUUUCUCCCCUUGGGGGGCUCAGCAGCCUCCAGCAAGAGGCCAGGUUACAUGGGCUCUCUGCUGGCAUGGUUGGGUCAGGUUUCCAGGCUGAAUUUCUGGAUGAAAGCAAGAAAAGGAGGAAAAAAUGAAACAAAAUGAAGAAAUAAAGCCCCCAUCCUACCCCUUACCUCACCCUGGGGUGCUGGGUGCUGCUUCCCCAGGUCUUCAAGUCCCUUUCUGCCCUGGUUCAUCCAAGGAAGGUUUCUCCUCCCCACCAGCCUGUAGAACACCAAAUAAUCUCACCAAGCUCCUCGCCAGGCAGCUCACCCCUCCACUACCUCUCAGCCUGGGCUCAGCAGGUGAUGGGCUUUGCACAGCCCCAUCCAACCCCCCCGGGGAGGCAGGCAGCCCCCCAGCAGGUCACUGCACCCCAUGGCAGUGCUGCCAGGUGGGUCUGACCCACCCUGGGCUUUCCCCUGGGCUCGUCUCCAUCCACGGGAGACAGUGGUGGUGGGAAGGCAGCCUCCGAAGCAAUAGGGAGCUGGAGUUGCAUUUCCAGUUGCAUUCCUUUUGUAGUUUUGGUUUUGUUUUAUGUUAUUUUCUCUCUGCAUAUCCCAAGCAGGAAAGCAUGUUUGUUUGUUUGUUGGUUUGGUUUGGGUUUUUUUUUAAUCUUUUAGCUUGUUUUCACACCAGCCUUGCAGCUCUCCUGUGUCUUGUCCUGCAGGGUGGGUGGCAAAGUGCAGCCCUUGAUAGGAAACAGUGUUUGAGGUGGUGAGCAAGAGCCCCAGGAGUCUUGGUUCUUCCUUUUUGGCUGCUCCUUGUGGGGAAAUUCUCUCCUCACCCCCCAAAGGCAGAAGCUGGGGCUGAUCCAACCCCUGGCCCAGGCAGCUCAGUGAUUUCUGGUGUCACAAGGCACUGCAGGUGCUCGGUGCUGCUCGGGGCAGUGAAAACAGAGAGCAGCCCCAUCUCAUCCCCCCCGGCCACGUUUCCAUCUGGCAGAGCCCUGCUGUGAUCUCAGUGACACAUCCUAUGAAGAGCAGGUCCAGCUGAGCCCAGGCAGGGUGCAUUUCACCCUCCCACCACCGAGCCCAGUGCUGCAGGCUUGGGGUCACCCUGCCCCUCCCUUCCCACCCCCAGCAGCCACCUUGGGAACCAAACCCUUGCUCCAAAAAGAAAAAAAAAAAUAAGGGAAAAAAGAGAAAAAGUGAUGGGGGGGACACAGGACUGUCUGGAGUGAGAGCUUCAGCUGGGGAAGGAUAGUGGCAUGGGUCACCAUCCCUCCCCUCCACAACAAAUCUAUCAGUCCCCCCCAACCCCAUAUUGUCAGGGUUUAAUACCAUGAGUAAGUUCACCCUAUUGGUCUCUAGCUAGCUUUAUCCCUCCAAAUUGAGAAGGAAACUCCUUGGUAGGUGUUAAUAAUAAAGCAUUUCUAAAGUGCUCCAAUGUACACAUAUCAACAAUGAAGCCAAUACAUUGUUUGUUAUAACCCUGUAGCCUGCAGUUUAUAGCACAAUUAGUUACAGGUUUUUAUAGCAUCUAUUUAGUAUUUUGAGAAAAAAAAAGAAAAAAGAAAAAAA